AUGCCAAUCACCAGCGGUUUUCAUUCAAGAACAUUGGUGGUCACUGAAGGAGCUACACCAACUGUGCUCGAGCUAGAGGCAUUGUCUCAGAGGAUGUACCUGCGUUUUCACCGGAGGGGCUGCGCCUGUCGUGCUGGCGUGCUUGAGCUGGACGAAGACGGUGAGCGGCUGCGGCUUCAGCACGCGCAGCACGAGGUCGUCCAGCGGACGCGCAGCGGCCACAUUGGAGAACAGUUGAAACGAGAGGCCCCUGCUGCGCGCGCGCAGCGCCCACAGGCCGCCGAGGAAGAUCUCGUAUUCUGCUCCGAAGGUCGUCGCUGCGCCCUUCAGUCGCCCCAAGACGGGAGACUCGGCACUGAAACAAUUGCCGCUGCACAACCUUCGCACUGA